AUGGGUGAAGGACUUUGCCUUCAAAAAAUCAUCAAGGCAACUCCUUCAAAAGCUUUGGUUAUUAGAAUCAACCUGGUUUUUCUUGCUUUCUUUUUGGUUAUCUAUGCUUCACUUCUUUUGCGCCCAUCUUCUUCAGUUUAUUUUGAGAAUGCUGCAUCGCUUGUUAAAUGCUCCUUGCGUGAGUGCCAUCACAAGGUGGAAAAAGGGGUGAAGAUGGAGGCGAUUUUCGAAGAUGAAGCCCUGAAACCAAAGCCUAAGAGAAAUUUGACCAUGUUAGAAGUGCCAACCUUCAUUGAUGAGAUUGGAGGAGGAUUGAAGAUUGGGAUGGUAAACUUCGAAGAUAAUGAUUAUAGCGAUUGGGAAAAACAUGGAGAAACAAUUCCAAUCCAUUUCGAGAGAGUCUCGGAGCUUUUCGAAUGGCAACAUUUGUUUCCUGAAUGGAUUGACGAAGAGGAAGAAGUUGAAGGACCAAGGUGCCCUGAGAUGCCAAUGCCAGACUUCAAUACGUACGAUAACAUGGACUUGAUUGUGGCAAAACUACCCUGUGAGUACCCUGUAGACGGAUGGGCCAGGGACGUGUUCAGGCUUCAAGUUCACCUGAUAGCAGCAAAUCUAGCAGUUAAAAAUGGGAAAAGGGACUGGAAUUGGAGAACAAAAGUGGUGUUCCUGAGCAAGUGCAGGCCAAUGUUAGAAGUGUUUCGAUGCAAUGAUUUGGUGAAACAGGAAGAUGAGUGGUGGUACUAUGAACCGGAAGUAGCAAGAUUAGAACAAAAAGUUUCUUUGCCUAUUGGUUCCUGCAAGCUAGCUUUGCCAGUAUGGGGACGAGGAAACGAUGAAGUGUUUGAUGUCUCCACGAUCGAACAGGCAACAAGGAACUCCAAGCGUGAAGCCUAUGCCACAGUGCUACAUUCUUCUGAAUCAUACGUGUGCGGUGCCAUAGCCCUUGCGCAAAGUCUCCUAAAAUCCGGAACCAACCGAGACCUGAUCCUUCUCCUAGACAGGUCCAUCUCUGAACCAAAGUGCGACGCCCUGAAAGCAGCCGGUUGGCAGCUUCGCUUCAUCAAAAGAAUCCGAAACCCUCGGGCUGAGAAAGGCACCUACAAUGAAUACAACUACAGCAAGUUCAGGCUCUGGCAGCUAACGGAUUAUGACAAGGUCAUUUUCAUUGAUGCAGACAUCAUUGUUUUACAAAACCUUGAUCUCCUUUUCCAUUUCCCUCAAAUGACAGCUACAGGCAACGAUAUUUGGAUUUUUAAUUCAGGGAUUAUGGUGAUUGAGCCAUCAAAUUGCACAUUUAAACUAUUAAUGAACAAACGUAAAGAAAUAUUCUCGUACAAUGGAGGGGACCAAGGUUUUCUGAAUGAAGUGUUCGUUUGGUGGCACCGUUUACCAAGGAGAGUGAAUUUUCUCAAGAAUUUUUGGUCCAACAGCACCGUAGAAUCUGGUUUAAAGAACCAGCUUUUUGGAUCUGACCCACCAAAACUUUAUGCGAUUCAUUACUUGGGAUUGAAGCCUUGGCUUUGUUACAGGGACUAUGAUUGUAACUGGAAUAUAGGGGAUCAACGUGUUUAUGCCAGCGAUGUGGCCCAUCAGAGAUGGUGGAAGUUUCAUGACGCCAUGGAUGAGACGUUGCAGAAGUUUUGUGGGUUAACAAAGCGAAGAAAGAUUGAAUUGGAUUGGGAUAGAAAAAAGGCUGGAAAGGCAGGGUUCAAAGACGAGCAUUGGAAGAUAUAUAUUACAGAUCCAAGACGAAAAAAUUUGACCCAGUAAAUUUGUGAUGUUUCUUUCUUUCAAUUUCCUUUUCUUCUGAUGAAUAUUUUUGUUAAUUUUCCUUCGUAGGAACACAUUACUGAGAUGUUUUCCAUAUAAUUUAUGUGUUGAUCAUAGCUAUACCAUAUUAUUUGUAUGAGACAUUGGUUACAGCCUUACGGGUCACCCUGUACAAUAUUUGCCGCAGAGAAUUUACUUGAUUCUCCUUUCUUAAUUAUAUUAUCUUAUCCCAAUUGGGAAUUUGCAUUUUCUAAUUGCUAGUAGGUUGUAAAGCUGCUAUCAAUGUUCCAAAACAAAGAAGUCACCCGCUUAGAAUUUUGUAGCCCCUUGGAGCUGAUGUAAAAAUCAGAACUUGACCCAAAAGUUCUAAUAAUU